GUAGGGAGCCUGCUGGUCGACUCAGUCCCCCGUAGCUCUGCCGACUGGAGGGAUGUGACCUCGGAAAGGGACGCCCUGCUCACACAACAACACCCCCAUUCAAACAGCUCACACACGAAAGUAAAGCUGGACCAGGAGGGAGCCACAGGAGCAGAGGGGAUGAACCGCGAAGAGGCGCCGGGGAAGUCUCCUGACGACGUCUACAUCCAACAGAAAGUGCGGGUCCUGCUCAUGCUUAAAAAGAUGGGUUCCAAUGUUACGCCGACCGAGGAAGCUUUUCUCCGGAAUUACGCAGGUGUGGUCCACAGUCAGAUGAGCCAGCUACCACAGCACAGUAUUGACCAGGGUCCAGAGGACGUGGUGAUGGCGUUCUCGCGGUCAGAGACAGAAGACCGGCGACAGUGACCCAGGCCCCUACACCCCUCUCCACACAAACACCCGCUACCCCGCCCUGCACAUGAUCCAUCACCACAUCCAACUCCAAAAAAACACAACACUGAUGAGCUCAGGAGACAAAGGGCCAGAGGAGGAGGAGGAGACGCAUUACACGUCGCCGUCGCCCUCUCCACCCGGCCUCUUACAUCCUGCCCCUUCCUCACGUUAAGAUGGCACAACGUCACCUGAGACGUACUCGAGCGGGUCACUGUGGGCUGCAAGCCUUGGCAAUAAGGCCGUCUGUGAAGACACUCACUAAUUGGAUCAUUGUUAGUUUUGGGUUUUUUUUGUGGGACGGGGACAUAGAGGGUUGAUUUUGUAACGUUCUGUUCGUGUCGAGGUGUUGAGCAGCGUUUGGCGUCAUGUCUGCUGCGGUCCGUCAUGUCAACAGCCCGAUUCCAGGCAAAGGAGAUUCUGGUUAAGUUCGAGCAGCAGGCACGACGAUGAAACGCGUUAGAAGAGAGAUUUUAAAAAUUUUCCCGCUUUUAAAUGAGCUGCAGUUAGUUUUGGGUUUAGCUGUUGCGUGUUUUGUUAAAGAGGAGCCUCCCGCAUUAAAACCUUUUUGAACAAGCGGCAGAUUUUCGAGACGCAGACGUUACAGCGGCGUCUCAGGAUCCAGGAUGUUUACUACUUUUAUCAGCUCCUGUAGUCGCUCAUAAGUUGAAGCCGGUUUGUAAAAACAUGAAACUUUUUGCGAUGAUGAUCCAGGAAUAAUUACUUAAAGAACGGCUGCGUAUAACAACAUCAGUGUUUGUAGACAUGAUGCAACUUGUCUAAAGUGGAUUUGCUAUCUCCACAUAUCCGAUUACGGCCUCUUUACGAGGCUCGCUUUUUAGUUGCAGAAUCCAGAUAAGCUCAUCCAGCGAGGCUUCGAUCCCGGACCGCCAUCCAUGCCCCGGUCUGCAGCGCCGGUCUGCAGUUGGAUUAACGCUUUGCUGCGGUUUGCUUCCUAAUCAGACGCUAAACUGAAUCAUGGUGUGAUCUGUAGGGUUUCCUGUGAGCCGUCGGCAGGCUGAUUGAUCAGCUUUGCAGGAUCAGUCUGUCGCGUUCGGCUGACAGCGCGGGGCGACGGAGCGUCCGGGAUUCAUCACAAUCACCAGGCCCCGUUUAUCAUACGUCUUUCUGCUGCUGCUCUCUUUUAUUUCUGUCAGUGUUUUUUGUUUUGUUUUUAAUCAUGAGGGAUUGAUCAGAAAUUGGAGACACUACCAGACGUAUUCUAAUCAAACGUGAUAAAAAGCUGUAAGCAUCUUCGCCGUUCUGUUUGUUUUUUAACUCACUGUGACGAGUAAAACUUUAACUUAAACGUUUUUUUUUUGUUUUUUUUUACUAUUGUACGCAUAGCUGGAAAUGUAGGAAGAAUGAACUCCAUGUGCCAAUCGUGUUUUCUUAAAACAAGCUGUGGAUGUAAUUUAUUGUUUCCUGAAUUGACUGAGGUCUAUUUUCACUAAAUCAGGAGUCGCUCUUUAAUUUAAACCAGCGAGCGGCGGCUCUCUGUUCACACUAAAUUCACACCAACUCUAACGUUGAACUGUCUGUAAUCACCCCCCAUGACGCCAAACAUUAGAACCGUGUGCUGUUUUUAACCGUACUGUAUCUCUUGCACUAUUAUCAGCGGGAUAUUUGUUUGAGAAAAAAAACAAAAAAACUUUUAAUAUCUAGCACAAUUAUUCGUUUGAUUCACUGCGGGGUGGAAAAAUACGUUUGUAAAUGUUUUUAUUUCUUUGUCAUUUACAAAAAAAACAACAAAAAAAACAAUGUCUUUAAUUGAUGCAGCUGGACUUUGAAAAGAUGACUAUUUGUGUAACAACAGGCGUAUUUCCUAACGACGUGCUGAAUUAUUUAAUUUGUUUGAAAAUGUUUUGAAGCCAAGCGUGUCUGCCUCGUGGUUUCUCAUGUUUAUUCAGCCUUGUCUCCAUGACCAUUGUUUGUACAUUGCUGGUAUUUUGUGGAAGCUAGCGGCUUCUUAGAAAUGUUUUUUUUUUUUUUUGUUAAUGUGUGAGUGUUGUUGGCAAUAAGUUCAAACUGAAUGUCCUCAACAAUCAUCGCAAUGUAAACAGCCAACAGGUCUGUGUCUGUACUUCAUGUUUACUUUGUUAUAAAUCAUUCUUUUUUUUGCCUCUAUGCAUUUUUUUUCUAAGGUUUCUUACCUCGAUCCAAGGUUGUACUCUGUGUGUGUGUGUGUGUGUGUGUGUGUGUGUGUGUGUGUGUGUGUGUGUGUGUGUGUGUGUGUGUGUGUGUGUGUGCGUGUUAUCCUCAUUGAACUUAAACCCCCCCGUUUUGAUUUUCAGCAUGCUGUUAAGUUGAAGGCAGGAUUGUUUCUUCUUACUGUGACCCGAUGUUGCUUACUUGUCUCUCUUUUGGUUUAUUUCGUCUUCCCAACCUUGUAUUUUAUUCUUCUUCCCGGUCUACGUUGAUUGGUUGGUUUAUUUUUUAUUUUUUUUGUCUUUUUGGGGAUUGUAUGGCUGCUGACUAUACUGCCCUAAUGCUUCCAAAUCCAGCUGAACCAUUAAAUAACUAAAAAAGCAAAAAAA